GUCACUUUCCAGAGAUCGUGGCUUGAGGGCAGGGUCCUCUGGUCCUUCAGUUGGAAUUCUUUUAUGCUGCAGCGAGCCUGCCAGGAAUGAAAAGGAGAAGGCGAAAGGGUGGGUGGCUGCAGGAGGCAGGGCCAUCGCAAGAUCCUAGACCCUGCAGGCUCCAGUGUGAAGGCUCCGUUUGGCUUCUUUCCUCUGUGGUUGAUGCUUCUGCUUGGAGUUGCCAAUCAAGUGCAGGAUGUGCGGCAGGUUCCUGAGACAGCUAUUGGCUCAGGAGAGCCAGCACUCCACCCCUGUGGGGCGCUUGCUUCUUCCCAUACUCAUGGGAUUCCGUCUCCUGAUCUUGGUUUCCAGUGGACCGGGGGUUUUCGGCAAUGAUGAGAACGAAUUCAUAUGUCAUUUAGGGCAGCCAGGCUGCAAGACCAUUUGCUAUGAUGUCUUCCGCCCUCUCUCUCCGCUGCGCUUCUGGGCCUUCCAAGUCAUUCUGAUGGCUGUACCCAGUGCCAUUUAUGUGGCUUUCACUCUGUAUCAUUUGAUUGGAUACUGGGAGGUACCAGGAAAGGAAAACAAGGAGCAAGAGACCCGGAUUAGCAAAGGGGAUCAUAGCAAGGAUGUCUCAGGGGCUAAAAGCCUCAAGCUUCUCUGGGCCUAUGUGGCACACCUUGGGGUACGGCUGGCCCUUGAGGGAGCAGCUCUAGGCGUUCAGUACAAUCUGUAUGGCUUCAAGAUGUCCAGCACUUUUAUAUGUCGUGAGGAUCCUUGCAUUGGCAGCACAACCUGUUUCCAGUCUCACCCCUCUGAGAAGACCACCUUCCUCAACAUCAUGUUUGGGAUCAGCGGGGCCUGUUUCUUAUUUAUUUUCUUGGAGCUUGUGCUUUUGGGUUUAGGGAGGUUUUGGAGGAUAUCCAAGCACAAACUUUCCUUCUUAAAGAACUUGCCAACUUCAGAGAGCUCUGUAAGAUCCAAGGACACAACCGAUGAAUUGUCAGUGGUGGAGGCAAAAGAGCCAUUUUGAGAUGCAGAGUUGUAAAGUUGCCUGGAUCGCCUGCAGAAAACUCUGGGACUUGAUCUUCAAUACAUCCAGUGAGGUGGCCGGGGAGAUGGUACAGGGGUAAAGGUGCUUGCAGUCAAGCCUCAUGAUCUGAGAUUGAUUUCCAUAACCCACAUGGAGAAGGGAAAAACCAACUCCCACAAGUUGCCCACAUACAUGCCAUGGAGAGUGCACACACACACACACACACACACACACACACACACACUAAGAAUAAAUAAAAUAAUAAAAUCUCAGAAAACAAAACAAGACCUCCUGCAUCAAUUAGCUGUCACUUCUAAUUUUUCUCUCCUGUCUUUCCACUAAAUAUAAGCAAAAAACAGGCUACUUUCUGUUAUAAUGGAUUAUCUCUCCUAUUCUGGGAUUGUAUAGAGAUGGAAUCAUACAGUAUGCUUAUUAAUCACUUGUAUAUCUUUGUAGAAAAGACCAAGUUUUUUGCCAAUUAAAUUAGGUUAUUUAUUUUUGCCUUGUAUAAACUAUAUAUAAUUGUUAGAUACCUAUCAAGUGACUCACUUCAAAACAUUCUCUUCUAUUCCAUGGGUCAUCUUCAUUUUCUUCCUGAGUAGCAUUUCUUUAAAAUUAUUUAUUCUUUGAUAAUUUCCUACAUGUAUACAAUGUGUUUUGAUCACGUCUACCCCAUAUUCCUGUAUCACUGCUCUUGGAUCUCCUAACAUGUCCCUAUCCUAAUUUCUUGUACUUUUCUUUUCUUUAUAACCCACUGAGAACAAAAAUCAGUGCUACUCAAAGUGUGAAUUGGUGUGAAGCCAUCUACCCAAACACCUACUCGAUGCCACACCCAAAGAAGAUGGAGUCUUCCUCUGUCAGCAUCGAUCAACUGCCAACAGUUCCUCACUUGUGGGUAGUCCCUCACUCAUUCAUCCUGUAAUGCUGAGUGUCUUGAGCUUGUGCAGGCAACCACUGCUUCUGUGAGUUUAUGAAUGCAAGUUCCUGCUGUGUUCAUAAGAUGUUGUUUCAUAGCAGAUCUCCCAGAGCACUGGAUCUUUACAGUUUUCUUUCCCAUUUCUCUAUCUUCUCUAAUGUUCCCUUGAGCUUUGGGGGGCAAAGAUGUGCUAUAGACGUCUCAUUUGAGACUGAAUAUUACAUAGACACCUGUUUCUGCAUUUACAAAUUGUAAGCCUGUAUAUUAGCCACUGUUCUCUGUAAAAAGGAAAAGUCUGUGGUCAGUGUUGAAAACUGACCUAAUCUGUGAGUUUCGAGACUCAUUUAGAAGACAGUUUGAUACUAUGUCAAUUUAACAAACUAAUAGUGACUUUUCUUUAGGGCUUUUGAGCUCCACAGGAUGGGUUCUUGGCCAGAUUUGUAGUACCAGGCAUGGGGUUUCUCCUGUGGAGUGGAUCCUCAAUCGAAUCAGAAAGCAGUUGGUUACUCCUGUAACAGCUACACCACUGUUUCACCCAUGCAUGUGUCUUGUGAGGCUGGUUGCUGGAACUUACCAGAUUCAUACAUGAGAAGGAGUUCUGAUGACUAGGGAGGCUACCCAGCAAAGAGUUGGCAAUAUUUUUUGAUGUACAAAAAAACUUUAAAUUUUUUCCCAUUUUUUUUUUGAGACAGGAUUUCUCUGUGUAGCCCUG